AUGAUGGUGCACUGUGCCGGCUGCGAGCGGCCCAUCCUCGACCGCUUUCUGCUGAACGUGCUGGACCGCGCGUGGCACAUCAAAUGCGUUCAGUGCUGCGAGUGUAAGACCAACCUCUCGGAGAAGUGCUUCUCGCGCGAGGGCAAGCUCUACUGCAAAAAUGACUUCUUCAGGCGCUUCGGCACGAAGUGUGCGGGCUGUGCGCAAGGCAUCUCGCCCAGCGACCUGGUGCGCAAGGCCCGCAGUAAAGUCUUCCACCUCAACUGUUUCACCUGCAUGGUGUGCAACAAGCAGCUGUCCACGGGCGAGGAGCUCUACGUCAUCGAUGAGAACAAGUUCGUGUGCAAGGACGACUACCUGAGCUCCUCCAGCCUCAAGGAGGGCAGCCUCAACUCAGUGUCAUCCUGUACGGACCGCAGUUUAUCCCCGGACCUCCAGGACCCACUCCAGGACGAUCCCAAGGAGACGGACAACUCGACGUCGUCGGACAAGGAGACAGCCAACAACGAGAACGAGGAGCAGAACUCGGGCACGAAGCGGCGCGGCCCGCGCACCACCAUCAAAGCCAAGCAGCUGGAGACGCUCAAGGCCGCCUUUGCCGCCACGCCCAAGCCCACGCGCCACAUCCGCGAACAGUUGGCACAGGAGACCGGCCUCAACAUGCGCGUCAUCCAGGUGUGGUUCCAGAACCGAAGGUCCAAAGAACGCAGGAUGAAACAGCUGAGCGCACUGGGCGCCCGGAGACACGCCUUCUUCCGGAGUCCGCGACGCAUGCGUCCGCUGGGCGGCCGCUUGGACGAGUCUGAGAUGUUGGGGUCCACUCCUUACACCUACUACGGAGACUACCAAGGCGACUACUACGCGCCCGGAGGCAACUAUGACUUCUUCGCGCACGGCCCGCCGUCGCAGGCGCAGUCCCCGGCCGACUCAAGCUUCCUGGCCGCGUCGGGGCCCGGCUCGACGCCGCUGGGCGCGCUAGAGCCGCCGCUGGCCGGCCCGCACGCCGCCGACAACCCCAGGUUCACCGACAUGAUCUCGCACCCGGACACGCCGAGCCCCGAGCCGGGCCUGCCGGGCGCGCUGCACCCCCUGCCCGGCGAGGUGUUCAGCGGCGGGCCCAGCCCGCCCUUCCCCAUGAGCGGCGCCAGCGGCUACAGCGGACCCCUGUCGCACCCCAACCCCGAGCUCAACGAGGCGGCCGUGUGGUAA